AUGAUUUCUGCUAGUUCAUUACUUCUGUCUACUUUGUGCGCUUUUGCUGUCGCAACGCCUCUUUCAAAAAGAGAUUCCUGUACCCUAACAGGAUCCUCUUUGUCCUCACUCUCAACCGUGAAAAAAUGUAGCAGCAUUGUUAUUAAAGACUUGACUGUUCCAGCCGGACAAACUCUAGAUCUAAGUGGGUUAAGCAGUGGUACUACUGUUACGUUUGAAGGAACAACUACCUUUCAAUAUAAGGAAUGGAGUGGUCCUUUAAUUUCAAUCUCAGGGUCCAAAAUCAGUGUUGUUGGUGCUUCAGGACAUACCAUUGACGGUCAAGGAGCCAAAUGGUGGGACGGCUUAGGUGACAACGGUAAAGUUAAGCCAAAGUUUGUGAAGUUGGCAUUGACAGGAACAUCUAAAGUCACUGGAUUGAAUAUCAAGAAUGCCCCUCACCAGGUCUUCAGCAUCAAUAAAUGUUCCGACUUAACUAUCAGUGAUAUAACAAUUGAUAUAAGAGACGGUGAUUCGGCUGGUGGUCAUAACACAGAUGGAUUUGAUGUUGGUAGCUCUAGUAAUGUAGUAAUUCAAGGAUGUACAGUUUAUAAUCAGGAUGAUUGUAUUGCUGUGAAUUCCGGUUCAACUAUCAAAUUCCUGAACAAUUACUGCUACAAUGGCCACGGUAUUUCUGUAGGCUCAGUUGGUGGCCGUUCUGAUAACACUGUUAAUGGAUUUUGGGCUGAAAGCAACCAUGUCAUUAACUCCGAUAAUGGGUUGAGAAUUAAAACGGUAGAAGGUGCGACAGGUGCUGUCACCAAUGUCAACUUUAUUAGUAAUAAGAUUAGCGGCAUAAAAAGUUACGGUAUUGUUAUCGAAGGUGAUUAUCUCAACGGUAAGACCACUGGAACUGCCACAGGAGGCGUUCCUAUUUCGAAUUUAGUGAUGAAGGAUAUCACCGGGAGCGUGAACUCCACAGCGAAAAGGGUUAAAAUUUUGGUAAAGAAUGCUACCAACUGGCAGUGGUCCGGGGUGUCAAUUUCCGGCGGUUCUUCCUAUUCUGGCUGUUCUGGAAUUCCAUCUGGAUCUGGUGCAACAUGUUAA